CUCUCACAUGACUCAAGAAAAAUAAUUGAAGCAUGGAGAGAAGAAGAGAGAGAUAAAGAUCAUAUAUAGAAUCUAUAGUCGUAUAUGUAUAACUUAACAUUGAAAUCUAAACACAAUCUGAUCCAGCUAUGCAAUUAUUCCUAAGUUGUGCUAGUAGCUUAAAAAAGAGUAUUGGAGAUCUCUUAUUUCCUAGCAAGUGAUCCUUACAAAAAAAAAAGUGGAUGCAAGUUUUAAGGGAUUUGCAAAGCAAAAUCCACCUACCUUUUUUUUAUCUAUAAUCUUAGCAUAGCAUAGAAGAAAGAACAUGGAUGGUAAUUAUUUUGGAGAUUCAAACAUGGGAAAUGAAAGAGUAAGUGGAUCUUCUUCAAGAAAAGGGAAGAAAAAAUAUAGUCAAGAUAAACCAAAGCAACCACAAAGAGGAUUAGGUGUUGCUCAAUUGGAGAAAAUUAGAUUACAUGGUGAAAUGGCUUAUAGUUAUCAUCCUCCUCUUCAUAACCCUUAUCCAUCUAAUUUUAACAAUGAAGAUCCAAGAGUUCAAACACCAUAUUCAUCAAUACCAUCAUCUUCUUUUUCUUAUUCAUCUUCAUCUACAUCAUACUCAACUUCAUAUGGCUUCCAACCAAAUAUUGUGAUGGGUAGUCUACCCCAAAACGAAAGAACAAACAUAUAUGGAGAUUCUCAACCAAUUGAUUCAUCUAGAUGGGAACAUGCAAAUGCCACUCCUCAAUCCAACAUAACCAAACCGUUACUUAACCUAUAUGACUCACAAUACAUAGAUACAAAGAAGCAUAGAAGUGGUUCAAUUGGUUCAAACAGUCAAAACUCAGAAUCAAGUGACACACAAGAACCAGAUUUGGAGUUAAGAUUAUCUCUUUAAUCUGCCAUUAUAGAAAAAGUGGCGAUUCUAUAGUAAUUGUAAUGAUUUUAUUUACAAUUAAUUAAGAAUUGCAAAAACACAUUGAACAAAAAAGCUAGUGUGUUUGUUUUUUAUUGAAAUUUUUUCAUUGUGUGUUGAAUAUAUAGAAUAUUCAUUCAUUGCAUGAAAAACAAUGCAAUUUUUUUACGUUA